UCAUUCAAUGGUCCACCGAAACGGCGUCAUUUCUGUAUGUUUUCGUGCCGCAAGCAAUUCCCUGUGCGGCUCCUCACAGCUCACGGAAAGUUGGAAAUUUCGAUCAACCAGCGUCUGCCACUUUCGAUUCUAGAUCAAUUUUUCAAUCGAAUUCGUGUGAAUCCAUCAUUUCUCUGCGAUCUAGGUCUUAAUUUCUCGAGAAUUUUCCAUCAAUUAUCGAGAAAAUAAAAUCUCUACUGAGCAAGUUUUCAGACCACUGUAAUCUUAACAGUCGCAUUUCCCCGACUAUAUUCGUUCCUCUCAGAUUUGAUCCGUUGGUUAAUGAGAAAUCUGAUGAGGGGAAAAUAAAAUUGAAAAUUUCAGUCAUGUGUUUUGCGCGCUGCUGUUACUUUCGAUUAGAACGUUCUACUCGACAAAGCUGAGGUUGAAUGUUAGUGCGAGUAUAGUAUUAUUUGAAAACUAAAUCUUUGAUGAACGACGAUGAUAUUCAAAUCCAAGAUAAAAUGGGCAGCGGUCAUUGGGCUCGUAUUAUCUUUAUUCUCGCUUUUGGUGCACCUUCUGCUUGCAAAAUUUUCCAAUGUUAAUAUUGUACAGUACAGUGCAAUGGCUGGUUUGAGUGAAGAUUUUGCAUCCAAGUUAGGGACAGGGGGUAUAAGGUAUAAUAAGAAGUUAUGGGGGGUUGUGAAUUCCGCAGAGUCUUUGCAGCCGUAUGCAAAUACUCGAGGGAGCUACCCUGGUCCAAAUGAGCAAAGCAAUGGUUUCAUUUAUGCUAAAAUUUUUGGUGGGUUUGCCAACAUAAGAUCGUCGAUAUGUGAUCUUGUCACCAUAUCCAGGCUUUUAAAUGCUACUCUUGUCAUUCCAGAGAUUCAAGAAAGUAUUCGGUCAAAAGGCAUCAGUUCUAAAUUCAAGAGUUUUUCCUAUCUCUACAAUGAGGAGCAGUUCAUAGCGUCACUCACAAAUGAUGUAAUAAUUGUUAAGAGCCUGCCCGAAAAAUUUAAGGUGGCAAGGAAAAGGAACGAAUUUCCUACUUUCAGGCCAAAAAAUUCAGCUUCUCCGAGUUUUUAUAUUGAAAAAGUCUUGCCUACCCUGAAAAGGGCAAAGGUUAUUGGACUGCUUCUGUCUGAUGGAGGAUGCCUGCAGUCAAUUCUUCCACCUAGCAUGUCCGAGUAUCAGAGACUUAGGUGCCGGGUUGCUUUCCAUGCACUCCAUUUUCGCCCUGAAAUUCAGGUUCUUGGGCGCCGGAUUGUGGAGAGGUUACGAGGAUGGGGACGGCCUUUUCUAGCUUUUCAUCCUGGUUUAGUGAGAGACACCUUGGCAUAUCAUGGUUGUGCAGAACUCUUUCAGGAUGUUCACACUGAACUCAUACAAUAUCGAAGGGCACAGAUGAUCAAACAAGGUAUUGUUAAAGAAGAACUAAAUGUAGACUCACACAUGCGUAAAGCAAAUGGCUCGUGCCCCCUCAUGCCUGAGGAGGUUGGGAUUCUCCUUCGAACAUUGGGCUACCCACCUAAAACAAUCAUAUACUUGGCUGGAUCUGAAACAUUUGGUGGUCAACGAAUUCUGAUUCCUCUACGUGCCAUGUUUCCCAACUUAGUCGACCGUAGUACUUUAUGCAGCAAGCCAGAGUUGUCUGAUUUGACUGGACCAGAAACAACUCUUCCUCUAGAUUUUUUUCAAUCUCCUCCAGCCAAAAGUGAGGAACAACUUAAAGAAGAAUGGAAGAAGGCUGGUCCUCGGCCUCGGCCUCUUCCUCCACCUCCAGGAAGACCUAUAUAUCGGCAUGAAAAAGAAGGCUGGUAUGGUUGGAUUACUGAGACUGACACUGAGCCAGGACCUUCACCCAUGAAUCUGAGAAUGCAAGCACACAGGUUACUUUGGGAUGCUCUUGAUUACAUUGUCUCAGUUGAAGCAGAUGCAUUCUUUCCAGGUUUUAAUAAUGAUGGUAGUGGAUGGCCAGAUUUUUCAAACUUGGUCAUGGGGCAGCGGCUCUAUGGAAUCGCUUCUUCUAGAACAUAUCGACCAGACAGGAAAAUUCUUGCUGAACUUUUGAACCAGACCCGUGAUAACAUGUAUCAUCCAAAGGUUAAUUGGACACUUACUGUUCGAGAGCAUCUUAACAAAAGCUUGGGCAGGGAUGGACUUAUAAGGGAAUCCCUCUUGUCAAAACCAAUCUCGUUCCUUUCGCAUCCUCUUCCUGAAUGUUCUUGUCGGAUUUCAUCUGCAGAAGAUCAAGUAAAGGGGGAUGAUGGCCGGUUUUUGUAUGGAGGUGAGGACACGUGCCCUGAAUGGAUGCAACGUGAUCUGGAAACUGUUUCAUUGAGGUCAGCUGGGGCAGGAGUGGGUAAAGUUGAUGAAACUGACUCGUCAGAUUAUGAAAAUGCUAUAGAUGAACAGCAAGAAUCUGAUGACAGUAGUAGCAAAGCUGCUUUUCUAUCAUUGGAUCAAGAUGAGGAAAUGGAUCCUAAUGACUAAAAUUGGACAUGCAAAUGGUACAACUUUCAUUUUUCAUUUGGUAAGGCGGCAUUUGUUAUCCAGCAAUUUCUUCCAGAGUGAAAUUUUUUUCCUGGCUGGGGACAGAUAUGCUGCAGCAUUUUUUGGGAUUGUCCAUUUUGGGGGAGAAGGAUCUGGUUCCGCUGAAUAAUUCAGUGAGGCCUCCAAACUGGAUAUAGAAAAUCAUUUUUCUUGAUUCCUUGAAAUUUUCGAAUGAAGAUGGUCUAGUAGAUCAAUGCAGUUAGGACACUUUCCACCCUGCAGAAAAAUGGCUGUCAUCAUGGGUGAUACAUGAAGCGUGGGGGUCGGCAUCUCUUUUCAUCUUUUGUCAUCUUAAAUCCGCCUACAUAACUCUCUCUCUCAUAUAUAUAUAUAUAUACACACACACACACACGCACAUAUGAACAAGAAUGCUUGUGGGCAGGUCCAUCUAUAGAAGGGCAUAGCGAUGGUUAUUGUGGCUGUGGAAACUAAUUAUUUUAUUUUUGCGACUUUGAAACAGCAUCCCUCGUAAGAGUAUCUUUUUGCUUUAGGAGAAAUGUCCAAUCUUUUUGCUUUAGGAGAAAUGUCCAUAGUUUGUAAUUGCAAUGAUGAGAUGAACUCGUUUUGAUAAUUCUAUACCACCUGAGUUCAAUCCCAUGUUUUAGCCCCAACACGAAGAACUCAAAACAGUGCUUUACAGAAUUUAGAUUACACUUUAAUUUUGUGUUUGUUC